AUGUUCUUUUUGCCGACAACAGUUUAUCUGUUGCUUUCAUAUGCCCUGAUUGCUUGUCUCUGUCAAGCUGUAUCUCUUAAAAGCAACAAUGACAUUGUUGUCACUAGUAGCACCGGGUCUUUGACGAGCAAAGGCGACUUUGCACCCAAGUCAUUUUUAUCGGUUACCCAUCCAUCUUUUCCACAAUAUCUGAUUCGGCUGACAGAACCUGAUGCAGAAAUUUGUGAUCCGAGUGUGAAGCAAUACAGCGGAUAUCUAGACUCUGUAGAAGAUGACAAGCAUUUCUUCUUUUGGUUUUUUGAAUCACGAAACGAUCCAGCCACUGAUCCAAUUGUACUUUGGCUUAACGGUGGUCCAGGGUGCUCAUCAAUGACUGGUCUCUUUUUAGAGCUUGGACCUUGUCAGUUGAACGAAUUUGGAAACGAGACGUAUUACAAUCCUUAUUCCUGGAACAACAACGCAAGCCUUAUAUUCUUAGAUCAGCCGAUCAAUGUCGGGUACUCGUAUGGAUCUGGAAAUGUCAGCGACUCGGUUACGGCUGCACAGGAUGUUUAUGCAUUUUUGCAGCUUUUCUUUGAACGCUUCCCUGAGUAUAAUGGCCUUGACUUUCAUAUAGCCGGCGAGUCAUAUGCUGGCCACUAUAUUCCAGCCAUCGCUACGGAGAUUGUGGAUGGCAACAACCUUGCUGCUGCUGAAACGACUCACGUAAACCUCAAGUCAUUGCUCAUCGGUAACGGUCUAACCGAUCCAUCAGUACAAUACGGAUAUUACGGCGACAUGGCUUGCAACAACACCUACUAUCCAGUAUUAGAACAAUCAGCAUGCGACAAGAUGGAACAAGCCUACCCUGAAUGCAAAAAGCUCAUUGAAAUGUGCUAUGAAGAUCCUGUACCGAGAACAUGUAUUCCCGCCUCGAGGAUUUGCAACGAGGCACUCUUGGAACCAUACUAUGCAUUAAGCGGCCGGAAUCCGUACGACGUUCGCAAAACCUGUGCAUCUGUGGACGACAAUCUAUGUGACGAUAAACUAGGUCUACUACAGACUUACCUCAACCGUGCAGAUAUCAAGCACAAGGUGGGAAGCAGCGUCGAUUCGUACUUUAACUGCAAUCUCGAAGUGAAUUACUUGUUCCAGCGCGCUGGCGAUUGGAUGCGACCUUAUGUGAACAAUAUUCCGCGACUUUUGGACCAGGACAACGUCUCAAUCUUGAUUUACGCUGGUGAUGCCGACUUUAUCUGCAACUGGAUUGGUAACAAGGCGUGGACCCUUGAGCUGGAGUGGAGCGAUCGUGAGGCUUGGAGGCAGGCUGAGGAUGUCGAGUGGAAUCAAGUAGGCCAGAUACGUAGCUCUCCAGACGGCCGAUUUGCUUUCCUGCGCGUUUAUGGAGCUGGACAUAUGGUGCCUGAAGAUCAGCCCCAAAACUCUCUUGCAUUUUUCAAUGGAUGGAUUCACGGGGGUCUGUUGUGA